AUGGCAGGCGAAAAGGACAUCCACGAUGGUGUCUCGACCCCCGAGACUACCCAGGUCCAUCCAGAAACUCGCCGCUCCGGUGGCCUUCCUCCCGUUACUGGCAAGGCGGAGAAUGCCUACGACGAGGGUGCUCUCAGUCGCGGAGCCGCUGUUCGCGAUGAGAACUUCUACACCCGCAAUGGUCUCAAUUUCGAGUCUUUCAAGCCCCGUAACUACGGUCGCGGCAUUGUCGAACUUGACCGUACUAUGAAGUCGCGUCAUCUGCACAUGAUCGCUAUUGGUGGUUCCAUCGGUGCCGGUUUCUUCGUCGGUUCUGGAGGUGCUCUGAGCACUGGUGGACCCGGCGCUGUUUUUAUCGACUUUUCGAUCAUUGGUAUCAUGAUGUUCAACGUUGUCUACGCACUUGGUGAACUCGCUGUUAUGUAUCCUGUCUCUGGUGGCUUUUACAUCUACUCCAGCCGUUUUAUCGACCCUUCCUGGGGCUUUGCUAUGGGAUGGAACUAUGUUUUCCAGUGGGCCAUCGUGCUACCUCUCGAGUUGACUGUUUGCGGUCUGACGAUCAAUUACUGGGAAGGCGCCCGUGAUAUCAGUUUAGGUGUUUGGAUUACCAUCUUCUGGGUCGCCAUCAUCUUUAUCAACAUCUUUGGAACUCUUGGUUACGCCGAAGAGGAGUUUUGGUCGUCUUUGCUCAAGUUGUCCGCCAUUGUCAUCUUCAUGAUUGUUGCCUUCAUUCUCGUUCUCGGAGGCGGUCCCUCGCACGGCCGUUACAAUGAGUACUGGGGAGCACGAUACUGGUAUGAUCCUGGCGCCUUCCAGAACGGCUUUAAAGGAUUCUGCGCCGUGUUUGUUACCGCUGCAUUCUCCUUUUCUGGUACUGAGCUUGUUGGUCUCGCUGCUGCUGAGUCUGCCAACCCGCUCAAGUCUCUGCCCGGUGCUAUCAAGCAGGUCUUCUGGCGUAUUACGCUUUUCUACAUUUUGGGGCUUUUCUUUGUCGGCCUUCUGGUGCCUGCAAACGACGAUAAACUCCUCGGCGCCGAAAACCCCUAUGCCGAUGGUGCUUCGCCCUUUGUUAUUGCAGCUAACCAUGCCGGUCUGUAUGGGUACGAUCACUUUAUGAACUGCAUCAUCCUGGUUUCGGUCCUCUCUCUCGGCGUGUCCUGCGUCUACGGCGGCUCCCGCACUCUUACCGCGCUGGCACAACAAGGCUAUGCCCCCAAGAUCUUCAGCUACGUUGACAAGAGUGGUCGCCCUCUCCCCUCCGUGGGUAUCAUUCUCAUCUGCGGUGCGCUUGGAUACAUGAACCUGAAUGCGGAUGGAGAAACAGUCUUCAACUGGCUACUCAACAUGUCCGCUCUGGCCGCGCUUUUCACUUGGGGAUCUAUCUGCCUGGCUCACAUCCGUUUCCGCAAGGCUUGGGCCUACCACGGUCACACCGUUGACGAGAUCCCCUUUAAGGCCGCCCUGGGUGUUACAGGUUCUUGGAUUGGACUUGGUCUUUGCAUUCUUGUCUUCAUUGCUCAGACCUUCGUUGCCAUUGCACCCCCAAAGAACAAUGAUGAGCUGAACGAUGCCGAGGGCUUCUUCGAGGCCAUGCUGUCCGUCCCCGUCAUUAUGCUCUUCUGGGUCAUUGGUUUCAUUUGGAAGCGUACCGGCUGGCUUCGCACCCACCAGAUCGACGUUGAUACCGGCCGUCGUGAACUUGAUUGGGAUGAGAUCAACCGUUACCGGGCCGAGGUCGCUACUUGGCCCACUUGGAAGCGUAUGCUUAACAGAUUCUUCUAG